AGCUAGCCUGAUCACGUGAUACACAUCAUAUGACACACAUCACACUACUAGGGACUCUUUCAAUCGAAGUGGACUGAAACGUUGGUUCUUUUAUAUCUACGGUUUAUAUGUGUCUUAUGGCAAGAUCGUCCGUGAAUUUCGAUCAGAUAUGUUUCCUUCUUAUAUGUGUAGGAGCAUGUGUGUCCCAUUGCAAAGACAUCCGACACUCUUUGGAUGAUGACCUUUUGUUGCCUUACACCAAGUCCCAUGGCCCAUCUCACUCUCAUCGUCAUGUGAGGGACUGUCAGCCCAUUGCUCAUGGCAAGGUAACCCACGAAACUUGUACAGCAAGCAAGGACUCCAACUCCCCAGUGUUUGAGUCUAAGAUAUUCAUCUCCAAAAUUGACUCGAGAUGGGCAAGUGGCCACAUCACAGUGGUCCAUGAUCCACUGAAAACUGUAUCCAUCCUGGAGCCAGGGGGUCCUGGGGGGUGUAAGCAGAAUCACAGAGAGCUAGUGGAGCUCACCGCCAAAACUAGAAAAUGCCUUGUUGCUCAAAAUGGAGGCUAUUUUAACACUAGAACUGGACAGUGUUUAGGCAAUGUUAUAAGUGAUGGGAAACUGGUGCGGAACAGUGGAGGAGUUCAAAAUGCACAGUUUGGGAUCAGAAAGGAUGGGACGCUUGUGUUUGGUUAUCUAUCCGAGGAAGACGUUUUGGAUCAAGUCAACCCUUUUGUGCAGUUGAUCAGUGGUGUUGUAUGGCUGUUGAGAGACGGUGAGAUCUACAUCAAUGAGAGCAUCAAGGCAGAAUGUGAGAAAACUCAGGACACCGGACAUUUUCAGUAUUUUGUGGAUGUUCUGUCUGCCCGCACUGUGGUGGGUCACGAUAAAAAGGGAAGACUCAUUCUCUUCCACGUCGAUGGUCAGACGGGAACCAGAGGAAUGAACCUCUGGCAAGUAGCAACAUUUCUGAAAGAACAGCACGUCGUCAACGCCAUCAAUCUGGAUGGAGGUGGAUCGGCCACCUAUGUUCGUGAUGGAUCUCUUGCCAACUACCCCUCAGAUCACUGUCCAGAACCAAUGUGGCGCUGCACGCGGGAUGUAUCCACUGUGCUGUGUGUUCAUGAGAGGCUUUGCCAGCCGGAGGACUGCAGCGGGCACGGACACUGCAUAGAGGGCAGGUGUGUGUGCCGGCAGGGCUGGAAAGCACCAGACUGUGCCAAUCUCACAUGCCAGGACGCCGCAUGUGGCGAUCACGGGAUUUGCACUGAGGAUGGGUGUGUAUGUGACUCUGGAUGGAGGGGUUUAAAUUGUAGCCAAGUAUGUGAAUCAGGUUUCUAUGGUGACGGCUGCAAUCAAACAUGCGCAUGCGCCAACGGUGGCUCAUGUGAUCCAGUUCACGGGCGAUGCACCUGUCCGGCUGGUUUCCAUGGAGAUUUGUGCACGCAAGCGUGCCCUAUCGGCUUCUACGGGCUGAACUGUGAGCAGCCGUGCCAGUGCCAGGACAUGUGCCCGUGUGACACUGUUACUGGGAGCUGCAACAUUACAUAUGAGGGAGAAAGAAACAUCAGCUUGCACAGAGCUGGUCACUGUCUGGCUACUCAGAUGUGGAGGGAAUGGAGACAAACAGAGGAAUGUCAUGCUACCAGACGUUAUUUAUCUGAACAAAGCUUGUUGGUUGUCUGCGCCAUCCUGGCAACUUUGCUGCUGGCCAGCCUCGCCGGUAACCUAAUCCAGACGUGCCGAAAAUGCGAAGCGCGCACGGAGAGGGAGGGCUACUCCUACUUGCCGUUGGGAGAGAUCAACGGGGCAGCAGAGCGUGGCAGAGGUCAGAGGACAACGCUUGGGAAAAAUCUCUUUCAGCCAGAAGACUGGGACUCGCAAGACUCCUCAUAAUGAGACCGUGUUACGAAGUGCGUGCAAAUGGGUUCACGCCGCUGUGCCAACCACCAGAGGCCUGAGAAGAAACUCAGUGGGCACUUUUCUGGCUGGCAGAGAGAAGUGGGCAAUGUGUCGUGGGUUUAAUCUACAAUAGCACAAACACUUUAUCUUUCAGGGGAGGAGAAAAAGGAUUUGUUUGUUCUUGCUUUGAAUCAAUGAGCUUUUGGAAGACGCUCAUCUUGUUUGGAUCAGGACCAUCUAAACUGAAAAUAAGGGACAGGAAUGGGCGUUGGUAUCCAAACAGCUGUCUGCUCACCCCAGCUUCAGCCAACUCUGUUCAAAUGUGCCAAGUGCCCUGGUUGUGCAGUCUGACUGCAUUUUGCACUUCAUGUUUGUAUUACUUGGUUGACCUAAAAAAAUUAUAUUUGGUGUUCAGAAUAAGAGAACCACGAUAAACAGCAAUAACACCA